AUCACUGACCUACUCUGCUCUAUAGGUAGUUCUCGAAUUACAAUCACAACUGAGACAAGAAUUUCCAUUAUUAAGCAAGGCAAUUGUUAAGUGAGUCACAUCCUAUUCUCCAGCAUGAUGAAUGUAAAAUCCACCGCUGGGUAAUCUCAGCCUUCCUACUCAGAUGAGACUAAGUCAGAACUUUAGCCACGCCUCCCUCUGGAUGUGUCCUCCAGUUAUUGACUUAGUCUCACCUCAGUAGGAUGCAACUCUGCUGGCUUCUCAGUUAGACUAGGUUAAUUAAUUUGAUUGAUUCACUAAUUGGAUUUUAUUUACAUUCAAAAAUAUCUUAAUUAUCGUCAUUUAUUCUUUAUUGAAAUUUGGAUUCAAAUUGGCAAUUGUAUUGGUCUAUUGCUCAGGCCUUUUAGGCUUCAACGAGCCUAACAGGCUCCUGUGCAGCAGACUACAGGCCGAUCUGGAGUGGGGCUUUUAGCUCCGAUCCAGCUGAUCAGCGGGAGCGUGGAUCAGCAGAAUAGCUGGCUUGCGGCGACUAGGAGUUUCCUCGGAGCUCGGGCAGACCGGAGGGCUUCCCUUUCGAAUUGUUGUUGAUGCCACGGAAGCAGGCGAAUUUUGGAUCGCAGCAGAGGCUGCGCGACUUAACAGCAAAUGUUUUUGACGAACGGGGUAAAGAGGACUUUAAAUAUAUUGGGAGAUCCCUUAAAGCCCUUCCCUUCCAGGAGGUUAGUAGCCUUCUCUUUGCAGUUCUCGGCAUGGCCGCCAAUUUUAAGAGGGACUGCACAGGUGUGGCCACUAUUUUGACCACUUGUUUAGGUGCGGACGCCAUUUUAAAUGCGCUUUUAGGCACGGACGCCAUUUUGUAGGAACCUCGUGUUCUCAGAGUAUAAUUGGGCCUACAUUAUUCGUCUCCUGAGCCUGCUGUGUCAGGCCUCUACCGGGGGGAAGUAUUUAAUGCUAUUCAGGACAAUUCUGUGCGUUAUCAAGACCAAUCAUGUGGUUGAUCAUUAUAUUGCAUUUAUAUUAUUUGAUCUAACUACUCAUUGAAGCUCAGGUUACAUUCCUUUCAUUACGUGUGUUAAGUUAGCGAGGGAGAAUUUAUAUUAGAAUCCACCUGUUCCAUUAGUUUGUGGCACUGUGCCACAAGGCCUAGACAGAUAGUUCUAGUGAACUGUCUGGCUGUUUGCCAUUGUUGUUGUUCAGAGCACGAGUCAUUUUCCCUCUCUGACAACCAGAUCUGCGUGUUUGGGUUCCCCCCAUUUCUGGAUAUCUCCUACCCAGAAUAUCCAGACUGCAAUGGCAGACAGUGCCUCGCCCCAGGCAUCAUAGGGCUCUGAUAUUCCCCACACACAAGCAAAGCGCAGAUCAUCUGAUUUGGAAGCGGGGGGAAAGAAAAAGGCUCCACCAGGAGCCCUCCAAGGCAGCCGAGCGAGAGGCCUCGAGGAGACAUCAGGCGCUGGAGAGGGAAUUCUCCAAAGCUCAAAGGCUCAUCUCCAGUGAAGUUGAUGUGGUCCCCCCCCCCGUUCCAUUGGACUGUUCUCCAUUUGAGCCUCCAUAUGCGCCUUCCCAUGAGGCCCCUAGGGCAUGGUCUCCUCAGGGGGAAACUGAACAGGUUGGUCCCCCUUGCUCCUCAUCUUCUAUUACACAACAAGGUCCUGAAGCCACGUAUACUACCACUGCAGCUGGGGUUCGUUCUAUGGACCAACAGGAUAUAUGGUCAGACCAGUUCCAGGCAUUUAUGCACCAUGCUUUUACACAAUUUAUGUCAUCCUCUAGGAGUCAAUGGCCCUUGCAGCCACCACCACCUCCAUCCAUGCCUCCUUCUCAAAUGGGACGUGCUACGGUUCCCGGUUCCGGUAUCUCCGAGCCUUCCUCUCAAUUAGGUCAUUACUUAUGAAGGCCUGUACUACAGCCAACUUCACUUCGGCACAGGAGGAUAAACCUUCCACCUCCACUAGCCAGGAGUCCAAUCCUUUGUUUGCAGAACAGGUAGUGGAGGGGAAACAAAUCCCUUGCCCGAAUGUCUUUCGUACUAUAGUGGAGAAACAGUGGUCCUCUCUGGCCACUUUACCUUCUGCUACUAGCACAGAAAAGAAACUUUUCAAUGUUUCUUCUUCAUUUUCUUCCCUUUUGGAAGUGCCUAUGGUGGACACUCCACUAACUUCUUUAUUUUCCACAUCCACAAUUCCAGGGGAUAUAGCAGAGGCUCUGAAGGCAGAGGAUGAGAAGUUUGAGUUCUGCCUCUGCCGAGCUCACCAGGCCUCGGCAUGGGCGAUUAAGGCGGCGACUUCAUCUUCCUUUUUUGCAAGGGCAUCAAUCAUGUGGCUCCAUGAACUCCAGGCGCUCGUUCCUCCUGACCAGGUGUGCACACACCAGACACUGGGGAAGUUAGUGGCAGCGUCUGAAUAUAUAGCAGAUGCUUCUCUUCAUUUGGCCAGAUACUCCGCUAGAUCUAUUGCAGCCACUGUUGCCUCUCGCAGGCUACUGUGGCUGAAGCAGUGGCAGACUGACUUAAAGUCUAAGUGGCGCCUGUCGACUGCCGCGUACAGUGGUACACAUUUAUUCAGCCCGGUCCUCAAACCGCAUAUAAUUGAGGGCAAAGACAAACGUAAGAUUCUGACACACCCUUCCAAAAAAUUGGGUAGGCGGCCCCAGCAGGAUUUUCGCAGACAGUCUUUCCAUCCCAGUGGUUCCUGGGAGUGGAGGCAGCCCUUUCAGGCUGGGCAGUCCUGAGAUUGGCCCAGAGGCUCACGAUCCUUUCCUCCUAGACAGGAUCAUCAACAGGACCACCAGAACACUGGAGCCAAGGGCAUCCUUACAGACAGACCAAGUGACGUCAAAGAGAACUCUCCCAUAGGCAGUCGCUUGUCGCUGUUCAGUAACAUUUGGGAGGUUACCACCACUGACUCUUGGGUCAGAGAGACCAUAAAACACGGUCUCGCUCUAGAGUUCUUCUCAAAUCCUCCAGACUGUUUCAUACAGUGUCCCGUAUCCAGAAACAGAACCAAGGCAGAAUUGGUAGCCACGGCCAUCUCCCAUUUGAUAGAAAUCAGGGCCAUAGAACUGGUACCUCAGAAGCAGAAGGGAGAGGGAUUUUACUCUAUUCUGUUCAUGGUACCCAAAACCUCGGGGGGAUGGAGGGCUAUACUGGACUUAAAGGGCCUGAAUUAUUUCUUGACCUACAGGAGGUUCAAGAUGCAAUCCCUAAAGUCCACUCUGGCCAUCAUCAGGGAAGGAGAUUUCUUUUCCUCCAUAGAUCUGACAGAAGCAUACUUGCACAUCCCAAUCCUCCCGGAACACCGCAGAUUCCUUCGGUUUUGUUACGCGCAUCGGCAUUACCAAUACAGGGUUCUUCCCUUUGGUCUCUCUUCAGCUCCAAGGGUCUUUACAAAAAUUUUGGCAGUACUGGCGGCCCACCUCAGGAUGAUACUGGUGCGCGUACAAUGCUAUCUGGAUGAUAUUCUUGUCCAAUCCAGUUCUUUCAGGUCGGCUCAGUCAGAUCUGGAAAUCACGAUCAAUACACUUCAGGAUCACGGGUUUUCCAUGAAUUUCAAGAAAAGCCACACAAUUCCCACAAAGUGUCUCCUUCAUCUAGGGGCGUUAAUAGAUUCAGAUCUUUGCAAGGUUUAUCUUUCAUAGGAGCGCCGGAUCAGCAUCCGGAAGCUUGUCCACCAGAUUCGGAGAGAGAAGGUAGUUCCUCUGAUCCAGCUGUCUUAACUGCUGGGAAAGAUGGUUUCUUGCAUGGGGAUCAGUCCGUAGGCCAGACUUCACUCCAGAAACCUUCAGUGGUUUCUCCUCCCCUUCCAGAAACGAAGCCUCAGUUCAUCCACAAGGAGGGUGAGGGUUCCUCACCACACCCUGUUAUCUCUUCUGUGGUGGGCUUCCUCCGCAAUGACCAAGGGGACCCUCUUCAAGGAACCUCUCAGGCUCACCUUGACCACAGACGCCAGUCUGUUCGGUUGGGGUGCCCAUCUACAGACUCAUCUGGCACAGGGUCAGUGGUCCCGGGCGGAUUUAGUUCACAACAUCAAUUGGCUCAAACUCAGAGCCAUACACUUGGCACUCUGUUAGUUUUCCUCCAUAGUGGCGGGACAACACGUCCUGAUUCUGACAGACAACGUGGAGCCAAGGCUCAUGUCAACAAGCAGGGAGGGACCCAGUCAUGGUCACUCAUGCUGGAGACCUUGGAUCUGGGUCUGUGGGCAGAGUCCAAUCUGGGUUCCAUCAGGGUGGAACACAUCGGGGGACGCAAAUCGACAAGCAGAUUCUCUGAGCAGGGUCACAGUCGACCACUCGGAGUGGCGUCUGGACCCGGCACUGUUCAGGGAGAUCUCAAUCAGAUUUGGUCAUCCACAACUGGAUCGUUUUGCCUCCCCGAUAAACUCCUAACUCCCCGGGUUCUUCACCAGGUUCCCAGCAUGGGAGGCGGAGGGAACAGAUGCUCUCUGGUGUGAGUGGCCGGGGGGACUGCUUUAUGCCUUCCCUCCCCUUCCAUUGAUACAGGCAACCAUUCGCAAACUGAUUCAGGAACGGACAGAGAUAAUCUUAAUUGCUCCACAUUGGCCCAGGCAUCCGUGGUUUGCCGACCUUGUGGAUCUAUCGCUCUCGCCACCGUGGAGGAUUCCCCCGGACAGAGUUGCUCUCAGCCAAGGGAAUCUUCAUCAUCCAGAUCCACAGUGGCUCCAGUUGGCUGCCUGGCAUUUGAGCGGGAAAGUUUAGCUAGACAAUCCUAUUCGUCAGGGGUGAUCUUGAUGAUCCAAGCCUCAAGGCGCCCCUUGACUAACAGGAUUUAUGACGCCACAUGGAAGAACUUUUGCAUGUGGUGUGCUAAGCAGCAUCUCCGGCCGUUAUCAAUCACCAUUCCUAAUAUAUUGGAAUAUCUUUUGGAAGGUAUCAAUAAGGGUUUAUCACCUAGCACCAUCCGCAGGCAGGUUGUGGCCCUAUCAACAGUCCUUACCUGCGACAACCUGGUUCCUUUGUUGCAACAGCCGGCAGUUAGUGCUUUUCUGAAAGGGGCGGUUAACGCUAGACCACCUGCAGUGCAUCGUUAUCCAUCUUGGGACUUACCUAGGAUGUUACAAGCCCUGACUUCUCCACUGUUCGAGCCCCUUAGGUCUUGCUCACUUCAUUUUCUUUCUUUGAAAGUGGCAUUCUUAGUGGCUAUCACAUUGGCUAGGAGGAUUUUGGAAUUGGUCGACUUUCAGUUCGGAGUGAUUUGUGUACCUUUUUUGAGGAUAGGGUGGUCCUUCGAUUGGACCUCUCCUUUAUUCCAAAAGUCAAUACCUGGUUUCAUAGGUCGUAGGACCUGGUUCUUCCAGAUUUUUGUCAUAAUCCGUCACAUCGUCUGGAGAGACAGUGGCCUAAGUUAGAUGUGCGCAGGGCUCUGCUUCAUUAUGUGAAGCGGACCUCAGCCUUUCACAAGUCGGAGGCAUUGUUCGUGUCCUUUCAGCCCUCUGCCAUGAGCCAGAAAGUAUCCUCUUUGACCAUUGGUAGAUGGAUUAGAGCAUGCAUUGCUCGAGCCUGUCUUUCUCAGUCACUUCCAGUUCCUACACACAUCACUGCUCACUUGAUGCACAGUGCGGCUGCAUCAGCAGCCUGGUCCACCCAGGCAUCGGUCGAGUAGAUCUGUAGGGCAGCGACCUGGUCUUCCCCUUCUUCAUUUGUAAAACAUUACAAGAUUGAUAGGUUUGCAGCGGCGGAUGCCUCGUUUGGUAGGAGGGUUCUACAGCAAGUAGUUUCUUCUCAGGGGACACAAG